GGUCCUCUCCCCUGUUUCUUAGUCUUAUUUUCAGAGAACACUGAAAUUUUGUUAAACGAUUUUCUGUAUUACAAAUCAUUAUGCAGUCAAUUCCUAAAUUGAUAUUCGUAACUAUUUUAUGCGUUGCUUUGUGGAUGCGAGCGAAGGCUGAUAACAAAAUCACUGUCAACAGCUUCGACGUUGAUAUUCCCGGUAACGAUAUAGUAGGUGCAUGGGAUCAUGAUCUCGCAAAUAAUCUUAUUAGUUCAACGAUCAGUAUUAAAAGGGACUGUCCAGGUGUAUUCGAGCUUGACAUCAAAGUCUACGAAGGUGAAGCUCAGGUCCAGCAAAUGAAUCAAAAGUUAAAAAAACCGAUCAAAGACAUUGAGAACUACAAUCUUUGCGCGUCGAUCGAUGGCCCGGAUCCUGAAGAUGAUCAAUGUUCCAUUCUCGAAGGUGAACAGUCAGUAAAAGACUGCGACGUGCGUGACUGGUUCAAAGACAUGUCGGCUGGAGAUUAUAAAGUCGUAGCUACUUUCUCACAAGACGAUCAAAAUGUUGCCACGAUUACGAUGAACGUAUUAGUGGAAAAUGAUGGUUAACGAUUAAAUAUUUAUUCUCAAAUCAUAUAUUCUGAGAGUUACUUAAUAGGAUGGUCAAUAAUUAUGUAUUUAAUAUUGUAAAAGUAAUUUGUCGAUGUUUAAAUAAUAAAACUGAGAGCAUGGAAA